GCCGGAUCUAUCCGUCGCCAUUACCGACUGGAAUGAGAGGGGAGGGAGUCGGGCUCGGAUUACACACACAGCUUCACCAGAUCCUGUAAAAAUCGGUUAAAACACAGUUUUUAACGGCACUAUCGCGGAUUGUUCUCUUCGCCUGAACACUCGGAGUAUCCGGAGAUCUUUUCCCGGGCGGCUCUGAGGGGAGAGAGCGGGAAUAUCGGGAAUGCCUCCUCCUCUGUGUGGAGCCUGUGGGAGCUGGGAGCGACCAUGUUAGGAAGGUGAUACCUGAGGGCCAGUGAGGCUGCCCUGUACCUGAUGAUCCAGGAGAGCGGAAUAUCGACAAGUCCAGAGUGGGACAUGGAAAUGCAUCGCCAAUAGCAAAUGGGAUUUCAUCCUUGCCUUGCAGGCAGACUUUGCUGAGAGUGACAAGGCAAUGAGAGGGGCAGUAUAAUGGCCAAGAAUAAGGAGCCCCGUCCCCCGACAUACGCUAUCAGUAUUGUUGGGCUCUCAGGCACUGAGAAAGAAAAGGGCAACUGUGGCGUGGGCAAGUCUUGCCUAUGCAACAGAUAUGUGCGGCCCAGUGCGGACAGCUACUACUCGGAGCACACUUCUGUGUUGAGCACAAUUGACUUUGGAGGCCGCGUGGUUAAUAAUGAUCACUUCCUCUAUUGGGGGGAAGUGCUACACAGAGGGGACGAUGGCCUUGAGUGUAGAAUUCAAGUCAUCGAACAGACUGAAUUUAUCGAUGACCAGACCUUUUUGCCUCAUCGAAGCACAAACUUGCAACCGUACACUAAGCGGGCUGCAACUACAAAGCUGCAGUCCGCUGAGAAACUGAUGUAUAUUUGCACAGAUCAGCUCGGCUUGGAGCAGGAUUUUGAUCAGAAACAGAUGCCCGAUGGGAAGCUGAAUAUUGAUGGCUUUGUCUUGUGCAUAGACAUAAGCAAAGGGUGCAAUAGAAAAUUUGAUGACCAGAUGAAAUUUGUCAGUAGCCUUUACUCUCAAAUUGCCAAGUCGAAAAAACCCAUCAUCAUUGCUGCGACGAAAUGUGACGAGUGUGUUGAGCAAUAUUUAAGGGACGUCCAGACGUUCGCCGCGAGCAAAAAGAAUCUCUUGGUGGUCGAGACGUCAGCUCGGUCCUCUGUCAAUGUGGAGCUCUGUUUUAAUGCUCUGACCCAGCAAAUGGACAAAACACGUGGCAAACCCAAAAUUAUCCCUUAUUUGGAAUCAUACAAAACCCAGAGACAAUUAGUAGCCUCGGUCUCAGACAAGUUUGAAAAGCUGAUUGUGCAUACUGUCCGGGAUUAUCACACAAGCUGGAAAGUUGUGAGCAAUACGUUGAAAAACCACACAGAAUAUGAGGAGUACAUCAACUUAGAAGGCACCAGAAAGGCUAGGGGCAUCUUCUCAAAGCACAUUGAACAGCUGAGGCAAGAGCAUAUCAAGAAAAGGAGAGAUGACUAUCUGUCAAGUCUGCCAAAAAUUCUGAGCAAGUUGCUUAACAACUUGGAGGAGAUUGAGAACCUGAGCUGGGUAGAGGCUCAGAACCUCAUAAAGAACCGACCUGAGUUUCAGUACUAUUUCGUUGUGUUGGAGCAAACCCCUUGGCAUGAGACGGAUCACAUCAACAAAACAGAUGACAGAAGAGUGCCAUUUGACAUCCUCAAAACUGCAGAAGGCGAUAGGAUUUAUCAAAACCACGUCCAGCAUUUGAUAUCCGAGAAGAGGCGAGUCGAAAUGAAAGAGAAAUUCAAGAAGACACUGGACCGAGUGCAUUUCAUAAGUCCCGGUCAACCCUGGGAGGAGGUCAUGUGUUUCGUCAUGGAGGAUGAGGCCUACAAAUAUAUCACCGAAGCUGAUCGGAGAGAUGUUUACGGCCGCCAUCAGCAGGAAAUAGUUGAAAGGGCCAAAGAGGAGUUUCAGGAAAUGCUUUUUGAGCAUGCAGAGCUGUUCUACGACCUGGAUUUGAAUGCCACCCCGAGCUUCGACAAAAUGAGUGAAAUUCACGCCGUACUAAAUGAGGAACCCAGAUACAGAGCUCUUCAGAAACUGGCUCCAGAUAGAGAGUCUCUCUUACUGAAACACAUUGGGUUUGUCUACCAUCCCACCAAGGAGACUUGUCUGAGUGGGGCGAGCUGCGUGGACCUAAAAGUUGAGCAGGUCCUCGCAAACAGGCUGGUUCAGCUGGACCAUGGUCGUCCCAAUCUGUACUACAACAGUGCCAACAUUGAUAAAGUUAACCUGUGUCUCGUUGGUCGGGAAGGACUCGCUCAAGAGCUGGCUAAUGAAAUUAGAGCGCAGUCCACCGACGAUGAGUACACACUUGAUGGGAAGAUCUAUGAGUUAGAUCUUUUGCCCGUUGAUGUUAAUUCUGCCAUGCUCUUGAACCAUUCGUGGGUAUCGACCUUCAAGCCUCACGGAUUCUUCUGUGUCUUUAGCUCAAUAGAGUCGCUCAAUUACAUCGGCGACCGCGUAAGCCGGAUCCGAGCUGAAAUCGCCCAGAGUAGAAGAGACAGGUUUUUCCAGCCAUUGCCAUUUAUUCUUAUCUUAGCCAGUCAGCGAGACAGUGUUUGCAAAAAUAUGCCUAUUUUAAGGCAUCAGGGCCAACAGCUUGCCAAUAAGUUACAGUGCACGUUCGUAGACAUCGCCUCUGGGACCUUUCCUCGAAAGUUUAAUGAAUCUCAAAUAAAGCAGGCACUCAGAGCAGUCUUAGAAGGCCUAAAGCACAAUUUUGAUGUGAUGAACCCAAUGCCCUCCAUCAAAGAUCUCUCUGAAACAGACUUGAGGAUAGUUAUGUGUGCCAUGUGCGGGGAUCCGUUCAGUGUGGAUCUUAUUCUCUCUCCUUUUCUGGACUCACAAUCUUGUAGCGCUGGCCAGCCCGGGCAGAGCAACACCCUCAUCCUUGACAAAAUCAUCGGCGACAGUCGAAGGCGCAUACAAGUCACUGUACUCUCGUACCACUCGUCGAUUGGUAUCAGAAAGGAUGAACUAGUCCACGGAUACAUACUUGUCUACUCUGCAAAACGAAAGUCUUCCAUGGCUAUGCUGAGGGCAUUCUUGGCAGAGGUACAGGAUGUCAUUCCAGUCCAAAUGGUGGCCAUCACAGACAGCCAGGCGGAUUUCUUCGAGAAUGAAGCAAUCAAGGAGCUGAUGACGGAGGGGGAGCACAUUGCCACGGAAAUCACAGCAAAAUUUACAGCGCUCUACUCUUUGUCUCAGUAUCACAGGCAGACCGAGGUCUUCACGCCGUUCUUCAAUGAGGUUCUUGAGAAGAAGAACGGUAUAGAGAGCUCCUUUAUGUUCGACAGCGCUCGUGAUGGAACCGGUACCUCUGAAGAUGUCUUCCCUCAAUCACCUCACAGUCAUUCACCAGCCUACACGUAUUACGCUGACUCCGAGGACGACGCAGAGGGACCACCACCUUACAGCCCUAUAGGGGAUGAUGUGCAACUGCUGCCCACCCCUAGUGAACGAAAGUACAGAAUCACAGACUUGGAAGGCAACGAGUACCCUGUCCACAGUACACCUGUGGGCGAUCAUGAACGCAACCACAAAGUGCCUCCCCCAGUGAGACCUAAACCUGUGCUACCCAAGCCUAACGUUAAGAAGCUAGACCCCAACCUCUUGAAGACGAUUGAGGCGGGAAUGCGGAGCACAAGGAGAACACGAGGACCAAUGAUGGUCCACGGUGAGGAUCUCGAAGCGUCUGAUAACUACGCCGAGCCAGCGGACACUCUGCUCAAAUCUAAAGGCUUCAACGAUGACAUCUACGCCGUCCCGGACGACACCCACAGCAGAAUUGUGAAGAUGCGCAACUCUUUCGGUGGACUUCACGGCCUUCAUGGCGAUGAGGAGAACGGGUUUGACCGCAUGUCGAAGUCUCAGGGUGGCAGACGGCCGUCCAAAUACAAACACCGCUCGAAGAUCCUUUUCAGCAAGACAAAAGCCUACCAUAGACGAGUGCACUCGGACGUCAGCGACGACGAAUCGGGGCCAGCGGUGCAGAAGAAGAAAAAAGGAAGAGGAAACCGGGGAAGUGAGGAAGACCCUUUACUGUCACCUGUGGAUCCUUGGAAAGGGGGGAUAGAUAAUCCAGCUAUCACCUCAGACCCAGAACAGGAUGACAAGAAGAUGAAGAAAAAGAAAGCGACCAAAAACAAGGAACCCAAGAAGAUCAAAGCAAAGCCUACAAAGCCAUUGUAUCCACCAACUCGAAGAAACUGGGAAAGUAACUACUUUGGUGUUACUCUGCAGAACCUGGUCACUCCUGAGAGACCUAUUCCUCUGUUUAUUGAGAAAUGUGUGGACUACAUCGAACGCACAGGUCUCACCACUGAGGGGCUGUACCGUGUGAGCGGGAACAAGACCGAUCAAGACAACAUUCAGAAACAGUUUGACCAAGACCACAGUGUUGAUUUCGUAGUGAUGGAUGUUGCUGUAAAUGCUGUGGCGGGAGCACUAAAGGCUUUCUUCGCUGAUCUCCCGGACCCCCUCAUCCCCUACAAUCUCCAUCCAGAGCUCGUGGAAGCAGCUAAAAUUGUGGACCACAUCGAAAGACUGCAGGUGCUAAAGGAAAUUGUGAGGAAAUUUCCUCCCGUCAACUAUGAAGUUUUCAAAUAUGUGAUUACUCACCUCAACAGGGUGAGCAAACAGAGCAAAACCACGCUGAUGACGGCCGACAAUCUCUCCAUCUGCUUCUGGCCCACGCUCAUGCGGCCCGACUUCGAGAACAAGGACACGCUGUCCACCACCAAACUCAACCAGUCCGUCAUCGAGAGCUUCAUCCAGCAGAGCCAGUACUUCUUCUACGGGGGGGACGUCACCGAGCCGUCCAGCGCCGAGGGCACGCCCCCCCCGCACGGCCACGGCAUGGUGGAGUCCCUGCUGGCCCUGCAGCUCCCGCCCCCCCUGCAGCCGCAGCAGAUCCAGCACCCGCUGCCCUCUGAGCCCCUCAUAUAACACACACACACAUACACACAACACACACACACACACACACACACGAACAGUACAGUACAGUACAGGCCUAAAAUUUUCAAUGCGUUUUCUUUAUUAUUUUCAUGAUUAUUUACAUUGUAGAUUCUCACUGAAGCAUCAAAACUAUGAAUGAACACAUGUGGAGUUUUAUGUACUUAACAAAAAAAGGUGAAAUUACAAAAAAAAAACAUGUUUUAUAUUCUUCUGUUUCUUUAAAAUAGCCCCCUUUGCUCUGAUUCUUUAAGAGGUGGCCACCUGAAAUAAAAAAAGUUUUCCAACAGUCUUGAAGGAAGGAAGGAGUUCCCAGAGGUGUUUAUUAGCACUUGUUGCUCCUUUGUCUUCUUCACUCUGUGCUCCAGCUCACCCCAAACCUGGAUCUGGAUUGGGUUCAGGUCCGGUGACUGUGGAGGUUCAGCUCAUUUUUUAUUAAGUACAUAAAACUCCACAUGUGUUCAUUCAUAGUUUUGAUGCUUCAGUGAGAAUCUACAAUGGAAAUAUCAGUCAUGAAAAUAAAGAAAACGCACUGAAAAAGAGAAGCUGUGUCCAAACUUUUGGCCUGUACUGUAUAUACAUACACACGACCAGUGACCACCAUCUCCAUCUCUGCUGACUGAGCUCUGCGGCGUCGCGCACUUGCCGCACUUGCACUUGAGUGGGAGACUGUUUAAAAAAUAUAUAUACAAAAAAUUAUAAUAAAAAAAUUAAAAACAAAAAUUUGGGUUGAGGGGGGGGGGGGGGGGUGGGGGGGGGGUCGAAUCUCGUUUUGUACCUGGCGGUCGAACUGAUGCGACUGUCGGCGCAGAUAUGCAGUUCUUUAGAGACUUGUUUUAAAAAAUCUAUUAAAAAAAAUCCAGAUUUUGAAAACGGCAACUAAAAAUAAUUCUAAAAGUAAAAGAAGAAGAAAAUAAAAUAAAAAAGAUGAAGCGACAAUUCAGUUCUGCGUUUGUUAACGGGAUGGUGAGCAUGAUGGAUGGCGAUGCAGAUUUGACUGCAAAUAUAUGCGGAAGAUAUAUUUAUACAGCCGUUUUUUCCUUUUCCAUUUGUAAAGACAAUUGAAUUGAAUUGAACUGUCAAUCAGUCGCUGAGACGCAAACACACUACGCUACACGAUGCACGAUCGAUUUUAACUAUUUUAACUAUUUUAACGGCUUAAUCUUGUGCCAUUUCUUUUUGAACUCCACCUUUUUUCCCCUCUUCUUAAUUAUUUUGCGAUGGACUGUUUGUUUUUUUCUUUGUUUUAUUGUUAUUUUUUUAAGAAAAAAAAAAGUAAUUUCUAAAAGAGAACAGAAACGCGAAAGCGGUGGUGUCCCGAGGUCAUGUGAUUAUUUGGGACGACGGCACAGGUUAAAAAACUCUCGCGCACAUAAGAAACAUCCUGGGACAGGACACCAGCAGCAGGACUGAAGCCCACAGCCACGCCCUCUUUCUUUCUCUCUUUCUCUCUCUCUUUCUCUCUCUCGCACUCAGAAAGCCACAGAAGGGAAACAACCCACUGGAACUCUCUCUGGCACAUCUCAGACAGCCAGGCUUUAGACUGUGGCCUGGCUGCAGUCUUUAACUCUGUUUCAGUCACCCUUUGUUAUGUUGUUUUUUUUAAUGUUUUUAUGUUUUAUUUCUGCUCUGCCUCUUGAAAAAUACUGUAUUUUUCGCACUAUAAAGUGCACUGUAUUAUAAGGCGAAUUUUAUGCGAUGUAAAGCUAAGCUAAGUUAAGUUUAGUAAACAAAACUGUAAUUUUUAAAAGUUAAAUAAGUUCUCGAUGUUAAUCUAGAAAGAUUUCUCUCUUGAAAAUUGUUUAUUUGGGUGAGUAAAGUGCUUCUGUUUAUUUACAGUAAGCUUAGAUUUCCAGAUUUCCACUAAGGCUCGGUGCAACAGCAUUAGCAUUAGCAGCUAACCAUUAGCGCCGCCCGACUGAGGAAACCUGAGUGUUACAGUAAACCAGGACGAUAUUAGCUAUCGGUUUGUCCUACGUAGCUUGUUUUAACACAAUAAACACAGACUACAGUUCGAUAUACUCACCUCUGAACAAAAGAGCUAGCGCUUAGCGUGGUUAGCGGCUAAUGCUAAUGCUGCUCCAGUCUGGGUGCUGGAGAACUAAACUGAAACUCCUGUAUAACUCUGUACUACAGUGGAGUGUCUUUACUGCUCCUUAAUACCUGACUGAUAGAAUUUUUUGGAAAACUAUAGGAUUUUUGGUGCGCCUUAUAUUGCGAAAAAUACGUUAACUUGCACACCAACAGCAGACGUCAAAAAUAGUACAAAUUCUCCAUUUCUUUCUUUCUAAAAAACUAAAUUUGCAUGUCUUUUGCCACUGGUAAUAACUGAGCAGAAAGUAGAAAGGUUAAGUAAAGGUUUAAAAAAGAGAAAAAUACAUAAAAUACGUUUAAAUACGUACAAGCUUGAGUGUGUUUUUUUAUGCAAGAUUUUUAACAAAAACAAAAAAAACUUGAGGGAACAUUAAAUUGGGGUUAAACUGUGUAUUAGCUCAUUUGUUUUUUUUGUUUUUUAUCACUCCAUACGUAAUUUUUAAAAUAUCGUAUUUUUAAUUUCGCUUCCCUGAAUAGAGGACAAAUAUAUAAAUAAAUAUAUAGAUAGAUAUAAAUAUAUAUAUAAAUGAAUAGACUAUAUAAAAGUCAGCAGACGUUGCUGAUGAAUCGAGGGGUACUGGAGCUCUGUAUAAUCUUGUAAAACUUGUAAUCAGAAUUCUUUGUGGUAUGCUGUACUAAAAUUCGGGGUUAGAUUAAUUGACUAUACUUUUAAUUCCCUACUGUUUUUUUUUUUUUUCGUUUUUUUUUCUGUUGUUUUUUUCUGUUUGUUUUAUCUGUUUUUUCUUUUGUAUACGGUACUGAAUUUCGUUCCGCUGUAACAGAUGCUGCUUUAGGAAGCUUACAGUCUUUGUGUGAAACUUUAGCCCGACACAGGGACGUGUAGAAGGGGAAGCGUGUUUGUGAAAAGGAUGGUCAGAGAAACGUUAGGGGUUUUCUUCUCAAAACCUUUGUAAAACCAGAUUUAUAUCUCAGUCAGAUCAACUAUAACAAGAGGAAAGGGCUCAAAAUAGGUUUUGGGGGAAGCGCACAGCUGCUAGGAUCCCAUUCGUGUAGUUUUAGAAAGAGCAACAUUUGUUCAUAGACCUGCCUCAUAAAAAAACUGAUGUACAAACUGAAAAAAAUUUAACAUCAUCUGCUAUGUAUUAUAGUAAAUAAAUGAUUUUGACAAAUGAA